UGCCAAGUGAACAGUAAAGUAAACAAGAAAAGUGAAACUGAAAACAGUGCACAUGAAAAGCUGAUUAAGCGAAUGUUUAUAAUAAAGUUUAUAGUGCAAUAAUGAAUGAAAGUGAAUAUAAGUUUAACAUACAAUAAAAGCUUAAAUUUAUUACAACCUACAUCAUCCUCAUAUAAAGAUUUUCAUCAUUUCAUUAAAGCAAAAAAUAAUAUUAAUGUAAUUUUGUUAAGAUAUAUUAUAAUUCAUAUCAAAUUAAGAGCAAUAUCAUGACAAAGGAAAAUAACUCUCUACUCACGCAAGUGUCACCAUUAUUAACCAAUGAUGAACUUGAUAAAGCUCUUUCUAAAUGGUUUCAAGAACCUGUUAGCUACAGUCAUUGGGAGUAUGUCAGUGAAACAGGCAAAGGCGAUUCCUAUUUAAGUGAAGUAAUGAGAGUUAAAAUAUAUGGAAAAAUUAAUGGAAAGUCCAAACAUGUGCAAGUAAUUCUCAAGACAAUUCCCAAGAAUGUUUGUCGUCGACUCACAUUCCGAAGCCAUGACUUUUUCAAAAACGAAAUAAAUAUUUACCUAAAUGUAUUACCUGAGCUACUUAAUUUUCAAUCUGAGAAACAAGUCACUGAUCCAUUCACAAAUUACACCAAAUUGUUCCUAGCUCUCUCCGAUGGAGUGAAUGAUGUUAUAUGUUUGGAAGAUGCAUCUCUUGAGAAUUAUGGCAGCCCAGUACGCCAAGAAGGCAUUGACUAUGAACAUUUUAAAUUAACUUCCGAAGUUUUGGCCAAAUUUCACGCUCUAUCCUUUGCGAUGCGCGAUCAAAGACCAGAUGAGUUUGCAAAAAUUAGCGAUACAGUAUUCGAAACUUAUUACGACCCAAACCACUGGGAUUGGUACGCCAGGUUUUGGAAGAGAAUAUCAAGUAUUGCUAUAGACGCAGUAGAUAAGGAGUAUCCUAAUACCAUUUAUGUUGAGAAAAUAAGAGAAUUUGCUGUGCCCGAACGCUACCAAGAUAUGAUCAAAGCUGUUCAAGAUAAAACCAAUGGUGUUAUUUCCCACGGCGAUUGUUGGACGAACAAUUUCCUGUACAAGUAUCAAAAUAGUACAAUAGUGAAUGCAAAAAUGAUAGAUUUUCAACUAUCAAGAUAUGCUAGUCCGGUUUUGGACUUGAUAUUUUGUAUAUAUGCAUGUACGGAUCAAGAUUUACGAUUGCAACAUUAUGACGAUAUAUUAAAGAAUUAUUACAGUGUAUUAUCGACACAAAUAAAAGAAUUGGGUAGUAAUCCAGAGAGAGUGUAUUCUUGGGAUACUUUCAUGGGGGAAGUUAAGAAAUAUUCUUACUUCGGCCUCGCGUUUAGUUUUGAAUCUACGCCGUUCAUCAUUUUGGAUCCUGAAGAUGCGAUUGUUAUGGAUAUGGAGGGUGACGAAAAGAAGAACAUCGAUGACUUUUGGCAACUACCGCCUAUCGCCACAAAAGAGGGUAGAUUGAGAGAAGCCAACAACGUAGUGCAUUGUGUUGACAAUGGUUACAUAUAAUUAUAAAUACUAGACUUUUUAAAUAGCUAACUCGCCUCCCACGGUUUUGUUCGUGAUUGGAAAAUAAUGUCCUAUGAAAAUGGUAAAAGUUUAUACAGAAAUAUCUUUGAAAGUACCUACGUUCGUGAAGCUAACGUGAAAAUAAAACAAAGUGAUUAAUAGAAAUUAAUAGCUAGUACUGAUAUGGAAUUGUAAAUAAUUUCUACAAAUCAGAAUGGACUUAUCGAUAAAGAAAAGUAUUUUAUAUAUAUUAUUUUUAUAUUUAUUGUAGGGAAAAAUAUGCAUGUUAUUCUGACAUGCCAUUCAGCAGUAUUUGACAAUCAACUUUUAUUUAUACAACUAUAAAUAAAUGACCGUUGCAUUUUUGCAUUAUUGUUUUUUUAACAAAGGUAUGACUAUGAUUGAGUCAAUUUGAACGUUCCUGGUCGCGCCAAUAUAUAUAAUUUCGAUAUUAAGCGGACUGUAAAACUUAAUCUACGUGGUGUAGCGAAAAAAAGAAAGACGGGAACACACGGCACAUACCUCGUCUGAGGGAGUAGCGUCCAAGCAAGCACGCGGUACAGCGCCACGCGGUCAAGGGUCCUCCAGCUCGGGCCAGGCAGACCAGAUCCAGUCCUUCACUCCACACACACUCACGCGGCGGUUCAGCGCGACCAAAUGGGAAGGCAGUUACACUAGCACAAUGCCUGAGAUAUCUAGAGAACCUCGUGGAGGUUCUCCGGCGGUUGCGGGUUACGAUCUUUAUGAAAGAUCUCUUCGAUUGAUGCGGUGACAAGAAAGCCUCAUAAAGGCUCUCCGGCGGUAUGCGAAUUAUACACGAAAUGUCUAGAGGCCUCGUGAAGGCACUCCGGCGGUUAUUGAGAUCCGAUCGUCACGGAAGAUCGAUGCAGACUGUGUGACGUAUAUGCGUCACUACGUCCAAUAGGGACGUUGCGGGUGAUUUAAAAGUGUGCGGUGAUUGGUUGUGCUCGCAUGUAAGGAGGGUAGUUGGAUUACACCACAAAAUAAUAA